UUAGUCGCCUGUUGAUUGUGUUGCUAUACGGUCGCCUCGGUAGCAAAGUGUAAACAGUGUAGUUUUUAAAGUAAUAACUUUACAAACAGACACAAUGAACGUCCAACCGGUUGGACCUAAACCCAGCACAAUCGUCUGCCCGUCCUGUAACGCCAGCGUAGUCACUAAAGUCAAUCACAAGGCGACGACGAGAACUCACAUUAUAGCAUUAAUUUUAUGCUUAUGUCUAUGCUGGCCUUGCGUUUGCAUUCCUUAUUGUGUCGACUCUUGCCAAAACGCCGACCACUAUUGUCCGAGUUGCAAUGCUUACAUCGGAACAUAUCAAGCAUAAAAUCUCAACGUUUAAGUGUCUUUAAAACCAAAAAAUAAAAUAUACCUUUAUACGAAUCAUUAGCUUGGUAUAAAUGCUUGAGGAAUUAUAAUGAAAGACAAAACUAUUUCCUAUUGGGUGAAGUUCUGAAACCAUGAUAACACAUUUUAAGCAUUUUAUGCACUUACCACCUUAUUGUUGUAUGUAGAUAAGAAAUUUUACUGAUAACUGUGUGAAGUACACCAGAACACUAUGACUGUAUAUAACAAGCAAAUAGCGUCUACAAAACUAUCUAAGCGGAUUGAAUUUCAUUAUACCACGUACAGCCGUUUCUCUUUGCGUGAAGCUUUAAAUUCUCUCGACAGACUAAAAUUUAAGCCCAGCGCUUAGAAUGGAGGAAAUGGAACAGUUAUCUGAAGUCGAUGCAUCAGUUUCGGUUUUCUGCUCCUCGACGAGUGUACCAGAGUCAGAUAUUCUACGUUCUAAAGUAUAUUAAACAUACCAAAGUAUGUUUCAAAUAUCAUUUUUCAUUAAAUUAUUGCCAUAGAGUAAAAUUUAUUUAAAUAAGUGUAACGAGAGUUUUCCACUUUUAAUUUUUUUAAAUUAUAUUUUAAAUACGAAAUAUUUACAUGGACGAAAAUCAGCUAAGUGUUAGUUAAGUUUGGAUGUUUUGUUAUCUCACAGUGUGUACUAUUAGGUACUGUGGUACUUAUUUAGGUUACAUUACGUGUAACUUCUGUAAGUAAUACUAAUAUCGAAAUAUUACUAAUAAUGUACACAUUAAGAGUAUGAUUGUUAAUUAUUAUAGGAAGAAGAAGUGUUUGCUUUAUUUACGGCCAAUCAGAUUAUAUUUCAAGAUUUAUAAAGUUUGUUAAAAUUGAUUAAUAUUUAAAGUUAGGACUCGACUCAGAUUUUUCGUCAGAAAAUUUUUAAAGUGACGUUAGUCUAGUUCUGACAUUUAUUAAACACUUUUUAUAACAAUACGCAUCAAAAUUAAUACCUUAAGAGAUUUUAUUGAUAUGUAUUAAAAUUUAAAGCAUUUGUAUUGUAUUAUGUACUUUAUUAAUUAAAGAUCGAGAUUACAUAUAGUCUGUUUGUUUUAUAAUUGACUCUCCAUAUGAUUAUACGCCUUACGAACUUGUUAGACGAUACAAUUAUGACAUUAAUAUUGUAAUAAAAAUUCUUAUUAAUGAAAAAAAAAAA